CAACCUCAUACAUACAUAAAUCCUCAUCUCGAACACGAUUUUUGGCACCCUAACAAAAUCACAAGCCUUUUUCGCUAAAUUUCAUGUCCAUCUUGCCCUCUCAAAAUCUUGGUUCAUCGUCGUCUUCUUCUCACAUUCACUCUCAAAACCCUAAUCUUCUUAAUCAUGGAUCCGAUCUCCCUCAACCCGACCCAUCACACACCCUCCAAUCUCUUCAUAUCUCCGAUCCUGCUGAUUCGCAGGAUAAUUUCACAGAGUCAGUGUCUCCAACACCCGAGCCUUCUGGUGGAUCUUCCAAAAAGGUGAAAGAACUACCCGGCAAGAAGAUUCCAGCCCGCCAAAAAUUUGGUGCACAUUAUCAACACAAUGGCUCAGGCCAAUCCAGUAUGGGGUUUCCUGAACGUAGAGGCUCACCUGGCAGCCAUCAGAGACAUCGGUCUAAUCAAGCGGGGACCCCGUCAUCAGCAGGAAGAAAAUCGCAGGGAGUUAACGCUAAUCACUUGCUGAAUUUUCACUAUGAUCCCAUUUCUCGUCCUCAGGCCAGAACCAAUCCUCCAAGAAGAUUACCGAAACGAAAGCCUUACAAUAAAGAUUUGUUUCUUCAAGCAAAUUAUAAAUUUGUCUUGUUAGAUUCCGGCAACCGUGGUCCUGAGUCCAUGGAUCCAGAUAAGAUGUUGCAAUGGGAGGAUAUUGUAUGUUUGAAGUAUUUCACUCCGCACCCUACAACAUGUCCGAUAUGUUUGGAGGAGCUUUUGUGUCCACAGAUGACGUCAUGUGGUCAUAUCUUCUGUUUCCCGUGUAUAUUGCAAUACUUUUUGAUUGGUGAAGAUGAUGAUAAACGCGAGUGUUGGAAGAAAUGUCCGUUAUGUUUCAUGAUGAUAUCAUCGAAAGACUUGUAUACUAUCUACAUUGAGAAUGUCAAGCAGCAUUGUGUUGGAGAUGUUAUUGAGUUUAUGCUCCUAACGCGUGAUAAAGAUUCGUUAACUCUUACGGCGAAACAGAAAGAAAGUGUUGAGGAACAUGAGGAAGUUUAUGACGCGUUUUCGAAGUUCACUUUUACCGCGGAUGCUGAGCUGGCGGUUAGGAAAGCCAUGUCGGAGCUAGAUAGUUGGCUUGCUAGAGCGGAAUCAGGGCUUGUUGAUGACCUGGAAAGGCUUCCGUACGUCUGUGCUGCAAUGGAACAACUUGAAGAAAGAAAAAAAAAUUGGAAGGAAAGAAGGAAUAUUGAUGGGGCCCACUCCCGUAACAAUGGUUCUUUUCACACGGGUUCUCCAUCAAAGUCAAAUUUUGGUAUUAGUAUUAGUGAUGAAUCAUUUAUUGCGAGUGGCUCGAAAUCGGUUGAUGUUAAUGAACCUUUGAUGGAUCAAACUGCUGCUGUGGAUGAACUGAUUGAUGGGCAAGGUGAAAUCUUGUCGUCUUCAUAUGAGGAUAACAAGGGUAUGCAAAUGCCAUCUGAUAGUUUUGCCGAUAAGAAGAUGAAAGGAUCAUAUGACUUCUAUCAGGCAGCUGAUGGUCAGCACCUUAUACUCCAUCCAUUAAACAUGAGGUGUCUUGUGCACCAUUAUGGAAGCCAUGAUAGGCUUCCUCAAAGGAUUAGCGGCAAGAUUUUGCAAUUGGAGACAAUCACACAAUCAGAAGCCAUGAGGAGGCGAUAUCGCUACCUGAGUCAUUUUUCUUUAACAACGACAUUUCAGCUUUGUGAAAUCGAUCUCUCGGGAAUAUUGCCUGCCAGUUCACUUUCUCCAUUUGAGGAUGAGUUGAAAAAUAGGGAAAAACACAGGAAGCGUGUUGCCAGAAAGGAGCACGCGGAAAAAGUUAAAGCAGAAGCUGCUGCUGCUGCAAAGCAUGUGCCAGUAGUAUACGAUACACAAACUUCCUAUGAUUAUUUACCUGCAUUCUCCUUGGAUGACUUUGAAGCUUUGGGAAGUUCAUCAUCAAACCCUCCAACAAUGGUGGAUAGACCGCUGUUCUCAAAUGUUACUAGGCUUGGUUUUGCCGCAGCGCAUGAUUCUCCUACUCUUAGAACAGAGGAAGCGCACGUAUCAAGUGGUUUUUCAACUGGUUCGCAGACGACAUCUUUUGCAAAUGUUAUAUCGCGAGUAAAACCUGUGGAAGUUAGCAAGGCGAGUGAGACGGGGAAGAAAGGGAAGAAGGCUAGUAAAGUACUGUUAUCAACCUCGGGUGGUCGUCGAUAUUAAUAUAAUAGGGGACAAGAAGUAAAUAAAUAGAUAAUCAGGUUGAUUUUGUAUUCGUUUUGGUUCAUGUGUUAUGGACUUGAAUCUCAGCAGGAUAAAAAAAGACAUGUUUGUCUACUGAACAUUUAUGAAGUUGUAAUUGUUUGUGUUGUUUAGUAAAAUACUAUAAUGCCUGAUGUCAUGCUUAAUUAGCAUCUUUUUUU